CUCUGUUCCUGUCCUGAUCAUCUGUUUGCUUGUUCCACAAGAAGCACGAGCUUUUGUCUGCAUUAUCUCUCCAAAUUAGGUUUUUAAAAUAUCUGAAAUGGGUAAUUGCUUAGAUUCAUCAUCUAAAGUGGAUAACACCCGACAUGCUAAUUCAGCUUCCUUGGCGUCUAACGUUUCGAACAACACAACCCAUUCCACAGUUCCUUCAGGGAUCAGUAGUUUAGGAUCAUUACCAACGCAUCAUAGGACAGAAGGAGAGAUACUUUCAUCUCCAAAUCUAAAGGCUUUCUCUUUCAACGAACUAAAGAACGCAACUAAGAACUUUCGUCCUGAUACUCUACUAGGAGAAGGAGAUUUUGGUUGUGUAUUCAAAGGAUGGAUUGAUGAAACAACUCUCACUGCUUCACGACCUGGUUCAGGUAUCGCUGUUGCUAUUAAGAAUCUUAAGCCUGACGGUUUUCAAGGUCGUAAAGAUUGGUUGACUGAAGUAAACAAUCUUGGUCAACUUAGUCACCCGAAUCUUGUAUUACUAAUUGGAUACUGCACCGAAGGCGAAAACCGGUUUCUUGUACAUGAGUUCAUGCCUAGAGGAAGCUUGGAGAGCCAUCUUUUUAGACGUGGUCCGCAGGCACUUACAUGGGAAAUAAGGAUGAAAGUGGCAGUAGGUGCAGCUAAAGGGCUUACUUGUCUUCAUGAAGCAAAGUCACAAGUCAUAUAUGGAGACUUCAGAUCUGCUAAGAUUCUACUCGACGCUGACUACAAUGCCAAGCUUUCGUAUAUCGGUCUGGCGAAUGCAGGUCCUACUCGAGAUGAUGAUACACAUGUAGCUACAGUUUUCAUGGGUGGUCAGGGAUAUGCAGCUCCUGAAUAUAUCUCCACAGGUGAACUGACGGCAAAGAGUGAUGUGUACAGUUUCGGCGUGGUACUGCUGGAACUAAUAUCAGGACGACGUGCCAUGGACUACUAUUCAAAUAAUGGAGUCAGAUGUAGUCUUGUGGACUGGGCUAAACCGUACCUUGGCAAUAAGCGGAAACUUUUUAGCAUAAUGGACACGAAACUAGGCGGGCAAUAUCCACAGAAGGGAGCUUACACAGUUGCUACCCUCGCUUUGCUGUGCUUAAACCCCGAGGCAAAGGUCAGGCCUAAAAUGUCAGCGGUUUUAGUCACAUUAGAAAAGCUAGAAUCCGCUGCUAAACCUGGAACAAAGUACACUGAAACGGAAUCUCUAUGAGCUCGUCUUUCCUCUGCUAUACAGAAUCUCCUGUAAGAUAUAGUCAACUCAAGAUCGACUUCUGCUGUCAUAACUCCUUGUGCAUUCCCUUUUUGCCUUCUUAGAGUAAAUAAUAAACAUUUUCGAAUUUUGAAUAGAAGGGAAUCCCACUGGUUAUCGAUCGUAUCGUGACUCAGACAUUAUAUAUAUGGACUAUUGUAAAAUCUCCAUCAAAUUUAUCAUCAAGAAAAAUUAGCCA